AUGACAUUGGAACAUUGCACUUCAUUAUUAAAUUAUCCAUUAGAAAAUUUGAGAGAACUUAAACUUUUAAGUGGAAGCUUUGAUUCAGAUAUUGUAAACUUUUUGGUUGAGACGUGGGGUUCAACUUUAGAAAAAUUGCAUUUGGAUCGGAUUCAAACACAAGAACUAUCAAAUAUACUCAUAAAUCAUUGUUUAAACCUUGAAUAUUUACGUGUUAACGUCAAAGAUGGAUAUGAAUUUUUGUUACCAUUUCUUAGUCAAUCUUCUCUCCUACAUUUGACUAUGAUAUCAUAUUAUACUACAAGUUUUUCAUACGAAUUGGGUCGAAAUUUACCAACUAGUUUAAAAUGUUUAGAAUUAAAAAAGUUUUAUUUAGCUCCAGAAAGCUUUGACAAAUUUUUAAAAAAUUGCAAACAUUUGAUUAAAUUAGAAAAGCUUAUCAUCGGAACUUCUUCACCAUUGGUGGAUCACUAUACAAGUCUUAGAGAAUUCAUUAAAUCUUGUAAAAAUUUAAAAAUAAUUACAUUUUAUUAUAGGGAUUUCUAUAUAAAUGAUUCGGAGGAGGAAAGGAUUAAAGCCGUUGUCAAGGAAAUUACAAAUCUUGGUGUUGCUUGUAUGUAUUAUGGUUAUGAAGAUAGGUCUGAUGAUUAUUAA